AUGUAUACAAAACGCAUGGAGAAAAUGACCCACUUGCACUUCUAUUUCCAUGACAUCUUAGACGGCAAGAACCCAACUGCGGUUAGGAUUAUCACGCCACCAAACAGGUCAGUUGGUGGCUCUGGUGCUACUUAUAUGAUAGAGGACCCAUUGACUGAAGGACUAGAACCAGGUUCAAAGCUUGUGGGAAGAGCUCAGGGAAUGUAUGCUUUGGCUUCUCAACAUGACAGUGGGUUGCUUAUGGUGAUAAAUUUCUCCUUUUUAGAAGGUAUUUACAAUGGGAGUGCCUUUAGCAUUCUGGGGCGGAAUCCCGUUCUUGAUACGGUCAGACAGUAAGUUUCAAUCCAAAAUCUGGGGAUGCUGUGGUUGAAUACAAUGUAUCCGUCUUGCAUUUCUGAAAAUUCCAGUUAGCUUGAAGCAUUUAUUGGAGUUCCCGUUCUUGUUCUGUUCUUCCGAGUCGUGCCCAGCCUAGAGGCGUUUUUUCAAUCAUCAGAUUACUGUAAUUUCUCCAAGUCUAGAGUAAGCUAAAUCAAGCAGCAAAUGAUACAAGUACUUUUAUUCCUAAACCCAAGUUCCAUUUGUGUGCGCGAGCGCGCGCGUGAGAGAGAGAGAGAGAGCAUCCAUAUAUUU